CUGUGAGAUUUUAAAAUCAUUUGGCACAUUUGUUCACCAUCAUUAAACGGUGUGUCGCGCAAAAGAAUUACGUCAAUAUCUCCAAGGUCAAGGUCACAAUUUGAGUUUGAAGGUCAAAAAUGGCCAUAAAUGAGCUUGUCCGGGCCAUUACUUUGUGCUUCAUUGUGAGAUUUUAAAAUCAUUUGGCACAUAUGUUCACCAUCAUUAGACAGUGUGUCGCGCUAAAGAAUCACGUCGAUAUCUCCAAGGUCAAGGUCACAAUUUGAGUUUGAAGGUCAAAAAUGGCCAUAAAUGAGCUUGUCUGGGCCAUUACUAUGUCAUUCAUUGGUACAUUUUAAAAUCAUGUGGCUCAUUUGUUCAUUAUUGGACGGUGUGUCGCGUGAAAGAAUUACGUCAAUAUCUCCAAGGUCAAGAUUCGAGUUUAAAGGUCAAAAUGGCCAUAAAUGAGCUUGUCUGGGCCAUUACUAUGUCAUUCAUUGUGCGUUUUUAAAUCAUGUGGCACAUUUGUUCAUUAUUGGACGGUGUGUCGCGCGAAAGAAUAACGUCAAUAUCUCCAAGGUCAAGGUCGCCACAACUAAAAAUUGAUUGAUUUUGCAACAACUAUGUAUCUAUGAACAAUCAGUAACAAUUAACAUUUUGAUUUAGAGUUGUCUUUCUUUAUCAGACUUUUUUUCUAAUUGAAAUCAAGGUCAAUUUUACACAAGGGGGUUAACAAUACACAUUUUGAAUUGACUCCCUUUAUCAGACUUUUUUCAACUGAAAACCUGGUUUUGUGACAAUUUUGUCCCUUGUUUUAAAUUGUAUUCUUGUUUUUUUCCCCGGAGAUUUUUAGUUCAAAUGUUUAAAUUUAUCAAUAUAAAGCAUUUAAUGACAAGCUUCAAUACAUGCCAAAAUCUGUUGGACGGCCCCUAGGCUGCCAGUUCUAAAAUGGCGCCUUACGAAAUAAUCUAUAUGGAGUAUUGGGCAUUUCUUGGCUUCACUAUCAAAGCCAUCGGUAUACGUGUAUAUUUAUCACUCUGAAUAUGUUGAAAUAAUAAAUAAUCAACCGAUAUAACAGUGACUUCUGCGUCAUUGUUCAGAAGAGUUGUCCUAAGAAUGAGAGUGUGUGUGUGUGUUGUAACCGUUAAACAAACGUCUUAUUAACUAGGAUCUACUGAAAUAACCAGUCUAUAAACAGGAAACGGCAUGAUUGUAAACAAACCUUAAUGUUAUGACAUUUCUCUUCAGUCAUAAUGAAAUGCUUGUUAAAGAUUAUGGAAAGCAAGGCACUGAAAUUAUUUUCACAAAAGGGAAACCUACAACUGCAGUGAUAACUCUCCUGUCUUUCUUUAGUUUUGCAAUGUGGAACUGUAUCCAUUAUCAUCAGUAUACUUUAUUGCAGAAUUGUGUAUUGCUGGCUGUGAUAUUGACCACACUUUAUGCCAUAAUUUACUGCCUCAGGAUAGUACACAAAGAAUCUCUGCUGAUAAUCUCUUCUAUUGGUAUUACUUCCACUCGAUGUUGUCUACUUGGAGUCUCCCACAAAUACUUUGAUGUUCACCACGUGGAGGAUAUAGUCAUAGUUGAAGCAGUAUCUAUGCAUCAAGUUAUCUUUGAGCUGGUGGUCAUUCAAAAGACGAACACUUCAGAUGUUACAUCACCUAAAAUUUACCCAUUAUUUUUGGAUUUUCAACCCAAACUGGCAGAUCUGCUCACCAUAUACAGACAAGCUCAAGAAAAAUUGAGGACCAUGGAAGAAAGAUGACAAGAAAUAAUUUAGAUUUUCACAUUUAUAUCAAGCUCACUAUUUAUCUAGACAAACUUUUCCUGUACAUGUGUUAUUGCAUUUAUCAAAACUACUUACCAAGUACAUAUCUCUGACAAAGGGUAAUGAUUGAGGCUAAUGAUCGCUUUUAUCAGCGUGCUUUAUAGCUCACUCAAGCACGAAGUUACCUCUGUAUAGAUCUCAUUUUUCAUCCAAUCCAAUCUAGAACUCUGCAAUCGUUGUGAAACUUUAUCAGAAAGUUUAUUUUGAAAAUAUCUAGGCCAAAUUUUUAUAUCGGUGAAGUGCGUCACACAACUACGUCACAAUGUCAAAUCUCAGAGAAAGAUCUUGUUAUUACUCUAAAAGCCACAUUUAUGACUAAACCAUGAUGAAUGUUGGUUCCUAUGUUUAUCUUAAAAAUAUCAAGGCAAAGAACCAAGCUUGGUCACAAACAUUAGGUGACCUGGUCAAAUCUUUAAAUAAAAACAAAAGUUAAAACUCUAGUGCUUUUACUAUUGCUAUUUUUUACUCGUGUCUUGGUGAAAAUUUGUCUUGAACAUAAUAAGCAAAAAUUGAUUUGGAUAAUAUGCAUCGGAAAAUUUAGUCACGUCCUCAAAUGUGAGAAAAAAACAAUUUUACCUCUUUAACAGCCACAUAUAUGACAUCUUGGUCAAGGUCAAGUCUUCUUUAAUUUGUGUAAUUGGAACCGAGGUGAGCGUUUUAUGGCCAUCUUGGCACACUUUCUGUGUAUUUGCUUGUGUGUCGUCGUACAGGAUGACAUGCAGGUGUUGCUUUGGUGGCAUUGGCUUUGUUGGCCACAUUAGCAUCCUUUAAAGUUUAUUUCAGACAGAAACUUGUAAUACAUGUAAAUGUUAAAUUGUCUGAAUCACUUUGGUGUUAUUGGCCGCCAGGCAACACAUUGCAAUGUUCAUGUAUAUAUAUAUAUAUAUAUAUAUAUAUAUAGCAUUAUUUGUGUCAAUUUAAUCCAGAAAUAUAUAGUUAAACAAAUUAUGUAUUUGCACUUUUUUCAAGUAAAAUUAAGAUUUUCUGAUUUUGCUGAAAGCUUUAUUCGUGCCUUGAAUUCAAUUUCAUGUUGUUUUUUUAAUAUAAAGUAUUGUUAGUGAUGCAUUUGGUGAUUAUUGUGUUCAAAAUUUCUUAACGAAAAGCCAAUCAUUUUCAGAGACAUGUGCAUUUGCAUCAGAGUCCUAGCUAGGUUAAAGUUUUUUUGUUUGCUUGGUUUUCAGGAACAGCAUUCAAAUUUGCAACAUUUAUUCCACAUAUUAAAAUGACACUUUUGACUAAGUUUUGAAAUGGCAGUUCGAAAUGUAUCAAACAUACGUUUGUUUGUUUUUCUUGGAAAUUGUUGUCACUGUUAGUCAAUAAAGAAACAUUAUUUCUUUUAAAAGUCAAUGUUUAUGUUCUCAUUUGAUAUUUAACCUGUUUGAAUAACUCAUGACAUAUGCAAACAUGUUUGGUUUAGAAAAACUCGCCAAAGUUUGAGACAACAAGAAAAGUUGAGCACACUGUCCUCCACUGCUCUUGAUAAAUUGAGAAAAUAAUUUCUUUGUCUUUUUUGUUGUAAUUCUUCCACGUCUUUCUUGUAUUUGUACUAGAAAUAUCAAAGCAAAGAUAUCAUAAUCAAAAUGCAUUUUUAUUGAAUUGUUAUUCUCAUAAUUUCAGUUUAUUACAGACCUAUAAGAAUUACAAAAAGAUUGUGUUGUAAACCAAUAGAUUGAAUAUUUUAUUUAUUUAUUUAAUACCUGCUUGUAGAUUCUUUCACUCAGUUUUACAAUUGCUUAAUCAAACUUUUCAGUGCAUAUCUGUUCAAACGGUACAUGCUUUUUGUAUUCACCCAGUUGUAAAUGUUCAAUUUUAUAAAUAAAAAUGUUUGUUAUUUUUGUUCUGAAGACACACUUUCAUUCUCUAGAAACGUGUUGUGAAUAUUUAUAUUUUCUGUAAAAAAAAUAAAAAUGCUUUUCACACAA